CUUUCCCUACUCCAAUAAAUCAGUAGUUAAAAUGUUUCCUCAAAUCAACUCCAUGGAAAGAAAGCAAAACCUUGAUUUCAUGAUAAUUUUCUUUGCUAUUUUCCUACUUAUUCAUGUGAAUAAUUCAGAAACUAUUGCUAUAAAAGAAGAUGAGAUGAAGAUUUUGUUGGAGUUGAAGGAGUGUUGGGGAAAUAAUUCAUCUGAUAUCUUCCAAAUGUGGAAUCUUAAUUACUCACCUUGUAGUAAUUGGCCAGGAAUUACUUGUUCUAGUGAUGGUUUUGUCACACGCAUAAGUCUAAGAAAUCAAAAACUUGGUGGAAAUAUUGUUCCACCAAUCAUUUGUGAACUCAAAAAUCUCGUAGAUGUUGCACUUGCAGAUAGUAACUUUUCAGGUGAAUUCCCAACAGUUUUUUACAAGUGUUCAAGACUGGAAAUUCUUGAUCUUUCUGGUAACCAAUUCUAUGGACCAUUGCCUACGGAUAUUCAUCGAAUGUCUAGGCUAACUUUUUUGGAUCUCAUCGCGAAUCGUUUCAAUGGUACCAUUCCAAAAUCUAUUGCUCAGCUUACAAAGUUGAAACAUUUGUCUCUUAGUAAGAACAUGUUUGAAGGGAAAAUACCUCCAGAAAUCGGAAAUCUAUCGAAUCUUGAGGUGUUAGGGAUGUCAUACAUGAAGAAAUUCGAGUUUGCUACCAUUCCGAAUGAGUUGGGCAAGUUGAAGAAUUUGAAGGUGCUACUGAUUAUACAGUCAAAUUUGAUUGGGAACAUUCCUGAAUCUUUUUCAAGUCUUUCGAGACUCAAAACGUUGGAUCUGUCAAGAAACUAUCUGAAUGGAUCAAUUCCAGGCUGGUUAUUACAUUUGAAAAGUUUGACAAAAAUAGAUCUUUCGUGGAAUCGUUUAUCUGGAAAAAUUCCGUCACAACUUGAUGAAGAUUUUGACUAUGAUUUCGAUGGUAAUUUUGAUCUUUGUACUUCAAAUACAAGCCAUGCUAGUAAAUAUCUACCCUUGUGUACUAAUCACAAACCAUGCAGAACACUAAUCUUAGGCCCCCUAGUCGGAACGAUUUUGGUAAUUGUUAUAGUUUUUCUCUUCUUAUGCUGGAGGAAGAGGCAGGGAAUUGGGGAUAGGAGGUUCAUUCCUUUUCAAAAAACCGAGCUCACGGAAUCAGAUAUUCUGCUGAAUUUGACUGACGAGAACUUUAUUGGGAGAGGAGGAUGUGGAGACGUGUAUCGAAUUGCUGUCCAUCAAAAUGGAAGUCAUGUUGCUGUUAAACGAAUACGCAAAGAAAGGGAAUUAGACAGCAGAUUAGAGAAACAAUUUCUGGCAGAACUUCAAAUACUGAGUGAGAUUCAACAUCCAAACAUUGUGAAACUAAUUUGCUGCUUUUCAAACGAGGACUCGAAUUUCCUGGUGUACGAGUACAUGGAAAAUCAAAGCUUAGACAAAUGGUUGCAUGAAAAGAAAAGAAACAAAUCACAAAAUGUUGUAUUGAAAUGGGAUACCAGGCUGCAUAUUGCAGUUGGAGCUGCCCGCGGUCUUUGCUAUAUGCACCAUAAUUGCUUCCCUCCCAUUAUUCAUCGAGACAUUAAAUCUAGUAAUAUCCUACUGGACAACGAAUGGAAUGCAAAAGUCGCAGAUUUUGGACUAGCAAAAGUAUUGGCCAAGCAGGAAGAUAGCGAGACUGCUUCUGCUGUUGCUGGCACUUUUGGCUACAUCGCUCCAGAGUAUGCUUAUGCAACAAAAGUAAGUACAAAGAGCGACGUUUAUAGCUUUGGUGUGAUAUUAUUGGAGCUAGCUACUGGAAAAGAACCUGUUAACAAAGAUGACUACAUGAACCUUGCACAGUGGGCAAGAAAACAGUGUGUAGAUGGAAAUAUUAUUGAAGAUGCUCUUGAUGAAGAAAUCAAAGGACUAAAUAACUUGAAAGCAAUGACUACUCUUUUCAAAUUAGGGAUGAUGUGUACUAGCAAGUUAGCUUCCAUUAGACCUUCCAUGAGGGAAGUAUUGGAAGCUCUUUUAUUCUUGGCUACUAGCUAUUAGUUAGUUGUCCUUUGGCAUUUACUAGUGUAAUACGCUUAGUAAGUUGAUGAAUUAUUAUACUUGUUUGACAUUAUUUUGCUACUCUGAAUUCUAUGUUACGCUCUCCUUGUUAUUUGCUAUGCUUUAUUUACUUUUGUAUUUCCUUUUUCAAAUUACUUUGUAUGCGAUACUUGAACUGAAGGUCUUUUGAAAACAACCUCUCUAUCUCCACGAGGUAAGGGCAAGACUGCGUACACCCUACUCUUUGUUGUUGUUGUUUGGCAUUAUUUUGCUAU